GGAGUGUGAGAUAAGCAACAGCCUGAUCAGAGACUGACAGCACAUCAUUCUCAGUCUUGAUAUAUAUCUUGGGAAUGGUUUUUAUCUCUACUGGUCAGCCUGUGAUUGCUUCACCUCUAAGUUAUUGAUGUGUGUCCCCAUUUGUUACAAACCCCAGCCCUGCCUGAGCCACAUGGCUUUGUUAUGCUAAUGACUCACUAUAAAAUGAAGAGCGGCUCCUCCAGAGAGGUCAGAGCUUACAGUGUCAUCCUGAAGGAGCUGCUAACAUCACCUGCACAGACAUGGCUCCCUGCUCUACUGUUCACCACAUCACGAUCUCUGAGAAAGACAACAUCAAAUUGGGAAAACCUGCUGUGGAGAAAAUGCGCAGAGAUCGCAUCAACAGCUGCAUCGAACAACUCAAGAUCAUUCUGGAGAAGGAGUUCCACAAGCAGGAGCCCAACUCCAAGCUGGAGAAAGCUGACAUCCUGGAGAUGACUGUGAGCUUCCUGAGGCAGCAGCUGCAGCCGGGCCUCUGUCAGAGCGACUACAACCAAGGCUACUCUCACUGCUGGAGGGACUCUGUACACCUACUGUCUGCUGGAUCCAACGCAGAGGCCUCUGUCACUCCUCUGCAGGUCCUCCAGCAGCAGGAGCAGCAGCUCCAUCAGACCCAGAGAGCCAGCAGCUACUCCCCAGUCUGCUCCCCCCUCAGACCCACCACGCUGCAGGACAGCAGCAGCAGCAGAGGCCAUGUGUGGAGGCCUUGGUAGAGACUCUCUAAGAUCUGAGGGGACUUUCCCUCAUUAUGUAGGAAAUAUAUUUCCAGCCUGCUCACUCAUGUGGUCACUGAGUGUCUUUAGUGUUUCAUCAUAUUGAUGAGAAGAUACGUAAGAGGGAUUCACACACUGGAGAUCAUUCAGCACACAUGUGCAACACUGCUUCUUUCAGUGAAAUGAUAUCACAGUAUAUCCUCAUGCCUCACAGUGAGGUUGUUAUCAGUGUUUGUUCCUUUAUGUAACUACAAAUAUGUAAACUUGUUCUGAAGUUUAAAAUGUAUGUCAAAUUAUUAGAGUGGUUUACUGAACAUAACUGCUGUGACUUAUUUGCCUUUAAUAAAGGAAGAAAGUAUUUGACUAAAUGCAGGUCACUUGUGUAUGCUGUGUAUUAUUUUGUAAUGCACUGUAUUGUAAGUCAAUGCUGUGUGUUGGA